AUGUCCCAGCCUUCAAAUCCCAAAGUUUGCAAGACUUUGAUGGCCCCUUACAUCUCAGCGCUAGAUGUGGUUGAUUUCUGCACAUACUGCAUCUACGGCGUUUAUAGUGGCUGCAUGGUUGCAUGUCUGCCUGCCGCCUUUGCUGCUGGAUAUUCGAAUAUUCGUGCAGUGCUGAAGUUGCAGCGCCUGCACACCCACCUCUCGUCACAUCUUCACUUGUAUCUGCUGCUUUGGAAUCUAGAUAGCUGCACACCGGGCGAGCACGAUUAA